AUGAGAAAGGAUAUUUUUAUAAUUUUGAUCGCUGCUGCUACUUUGAUUUCUGUAGCAAGCUAUUUUGUUGCUUAUAACGAAGGUUAAAGUCUUUAAAAAUAAAGAGAUAUUUUUGCUGAUUAGAGUUGUUCAACUGUAUCCAAAAAAACUGGAAGUACCAGUACUUUAUUUUACCUUUAAAACAAAUGUUCAGUUCCUGUAAGAUUUACACUUACCUUCUUAAAUUCUUAUGGAUACUCCUAUUAGCUUUAAUAUUGUCUAGAAGAAAAUACAGUUACUUCAUUGGAAUAAUCUAAUGAUUCUACAUAUUCUAGUACUUAAUAUGAUUACGACGUUGUUUGCUGA